ACCGUAAUCAAAGAUCAUUUUUGUUUGUUUUGAUCGAUUUCGUGGACGAAAUCCGAAAUCCUCAAUGCAAAUGUUAUAACAUUAUUUAAACUGAUUUCAAACUUAAAAUAUUCUGUAACAUGCCAAAAGUUAAAAGCUCAAAAAAGACUCGUCAACAUGAAGAGAUCCAGAAGCAAGGUAUUCGUUUUAAUACCACUUUAGGUCAACAUGUGCUAAAGAAUCCUCUAAUAAUAAAUAGCAUGCUUGAGAAAGCAGCACUUCGUUCAACUGAUGUUGUAUUAGAAGUUGGGCCAGGAACUGGCAAUAUGACUGUAAAAAUGCUAGAAAAAGUGAAAAAGGUUGUAGCCUGCGAAAUCGACACUCGUCUCGUUGCUGAAUUGCAAAAACGAGUACAAGGAACACCAUUACAACACAAACUGAAUAUCCUCGUUGGUGAUGUGCUAAAAAGUGACUUGCCUUUCUUCGAUAUUUGUGUUGCUAACUUGCCAUAUCAAAUAUCUUCGCCAUUCGUUUUCAAGUUACUUUUGCAUAGACCCUUUUUUAGAUGUGCAGUAUUGAUGUUUCAAAAAGAAUUUGCAGAUCGUCUAGUUGCGAAACCAGGUGACAAAUUAUAUUGCCGGCUGUCCGUCAACACUCAGCUGCUUGCUCGAGUUGAUAUUCUCAUGAAAGUUGGGAAAAACAACUUCAGACCUCCACCAAAAGUUGAAUCAAGUGUAAUUAGAUUAGAGCCUCGAAAUCCUCCGCCAUCUAUAAAUUUCAAAGAAUGGGAUGGUUUGUUGCGAAUAUUAUUUGUAAGAAAAAACAAGACCAUUAGUGCUGCUUUCAAGCAAACAUCUACUUUAGAAUUAAUGGAGAAAAAUUAUAAAACUUAUUGUUCAUUGAAAAAUGUUUCAGUACCAGCAGAUUUAGACAUAAAGAAAAAGAUUGAUGAUGUGUUGACUUCAAAAAACUUUGAUAAAAUGAGGCCUCGAACGAUGGACAUAGAUGAUUUUUUGUUACUGAUGCAUGAAUUUAAUUCGAAUAGCCUUCAUUUUUCAUAAGAAUUUUCCUAAUAAAUAUAAA